AUGCCUAUGAUCUCUGACGCCAUUGUCAAGGAUCACCGCGAGCUUGAGCAGUACUACAAUGAGGUGAUCGGCUCUACCGACUCUGACCACCAGCAACGCUAUGGCAACCAAUUUACCUGGGAGCUUGCGCGGCACUCGGUUGGCGAGGAGCUCCUUGUCUAUCCUGCUUUCGAAGAAUAUCUUGGUUCCCAAGGCAAGUCUAUGGCAGAAAUAGACCGUAAGGAACAUCACCGAGUGAAGGAACUCCUCAAAGAAUUCCAGAAUAUGAGGGCCACUGACUCUGAAUACGUGCCUAAAUUGAAGGAGAUUUGGAGACCACUAUACGAGCAUAUGAAGGAGGAAGAGGAUCAGGAGCUUCCUAUGCUUGAGAAGGUGCUUGAGGGGGAGAAGUCAAGGGCUCUGUCAGACGAGUUUGACAAGACAAAGGCGUUUGUGCCCACACGGAGCCACCCAAGUGCUGGGGAGAAUCCGCCCUUUGAGACUGCCAUGGGGCUGAUGACAGCUCCGAUAGAUAAGGUUGCCGAUGUUUUUAGGAAAUUCCCUACACUCGCAACUGUACCCAACGACUACCCUGUCGACGAUAUCACCGACUGUGAGAGCGGUGCCUACUAUGACUUCGUCCAGGAGCGUUCAGGCGGGGAUCCGGAGGUAAUAAAGAAUGCUGCCGCCGCUGCCUCGCCAGCUUAG